GGCAGGGAGGCGGGCAGGCCCCGUGCGGGGGAACUUCCCCUCCCCGCGGCCGCUGGCCGCACCGCGCCCAGCCGGGGCUGCGCCCGGCGCCCCCUCCGCCCCGCCCGGGUUGGGUCAGGGCCGCGCCGCCGGGCGGAGGUGAUGGGAGCAUGAGUGAUAAUGAGGGGGAUCUCCAGCGAGAUGGGCCGGAGGCAGCCGGACACUGUGGGGCCAUUUCGGACUUUUUCAUGAGGGAAGCUUCUCCUCCGGGCUGUGGCCAGGACGUUUCCCGUUCGAGGCCAGACCUUCUCUCCCCAGAGACGGGGCUGGAGAAGACUUCUCGCUGCGGCUUCAGGAAGCGGAAGGAGACAGUGGUGCACCAGCAGGCAUUCAUGGGAGAGAAGCCCUACAUAUGUAUUGAGUGUGGGCAGAGCUUCAACCGCAGCUCCGACCUGAUCCGCCACCAGAGGAUCCACACCGGGGAGAAACCUUACAUGUGUGCUGACUGUGGCAAAAGCUUCAGCCGACGCUCCCACCUCAUCCAGCACCAGCGCGUCCACACGGGUGAGCGGCCGUACCAAUGCAAGGACUGUGGGAAAAGCUUUAGCCAGAGCACCCACCUGGUGCAGCACCAGCGCAACCAUACUGGCGAGAGACCUUAUGUCUGUGCCAAGUGUGGGAGGAACUUCUACCAGAACUCAGGCCUGCUUCGCCACGCCAACUUUCACACGGGUGAGAAACCCUACAAGUGCCCCCAGUGCGGGAAGCGCUUCAGCGACAGCUCCAACCUCAUUGCCCACCAGCGGCUCCACACAGGUGAGAAGCCCUACAAGUGUGCUGACUGCAACAAGUGCUUCAGUGAGAGCUCUAAGCUGGUUAUCCACCGGCGUGUCCACACAGGUGAGAAGCCAUACUUGUGCCCCGACUGCGGAAAGAGUUUCAGCCAGCGCUCGCACCUUGUCCAGCACCGUCGCACCCACACUGGGGAGAAGCCCUACAAGUGUGCUGAGUGUGGGACUUGCUUCAGUGACAACUCUACCCUCAUCCGUCACCGUCGGACCCACACUGGGGAGAAACCUUUCAAGUGCUCCCACUGUGGGAAGAGCUUCAGUCGCAACUCCUACUUAGUCUCCCACCAGCGGGUGCAUGUGUGGUACAUACAGUGGCAGUUGUAGGAUGUACCCCCCUCAUGGUUUUAACUACAAGGAAUUGCAGUGCAACACUUUGCAUUGUUUAUAUUUUUGACUGUUUUGCUGCUGAUCAUUUUAGUGACAAUACUGACUGGUGUGCUUAUCCAGCACUGCUGGAGCUUAGAAAAGGUUUUGCAGUGUACCUUACUAAUCCUGCAACUGGCUCCAUGGCUUCAGUAGGUCUCUGGAAAAAGGAAUGCAGACUGAAGCCAGUGAAAGGACUGGAGCUGUGGUGGGGAAGAGAUGAAGGAAAUAAAGAUGCUAAGAAGUUCCAUGGAUUUGAGCAGCUGCUGGCCAGGGAUGCUUGGGAAUGGCUUGCUCUACAGAACUUGCUACUCUUCAAGGGAUUGCAGGGAUCCUUUCUGCAAGCCCCAAGCCACUUCUUGAUGCUCAGCUGCUGACAAAAUGUAAUUUUCAUAUAGUUUAAUAAAAAGGAGCUAUAGGGAGAGCAUGAAAUUGUUUGCAGCUCCUAGAGGAACAAGGCACCUUUAUGUGCAGCUGCUCAGGGAAGUAGAAGGAGCUUUCAGAAAUGGGGUAGGCUUUGUUUACACAGGAACCAAAGCCUUCGUUUGCAAAUGCACAUUUUUGCUCUUAGUUUUGUGUUUGUUUGGGUUUUUUAUGAACAGCUUCAAACCAAUGAUUUUUUUGAUUUCUGUUCCACUUCUGGAAAGUGGUUUGGUCAUCUAGUUGGUUCCAGAAGCAUCAAUAUCUUAAUUUGCUAGCAGACUUUCAGAAGGGAUACUGUAGCUCUCAGUUGGUAGGCUCAUUUUUAACUGAAUUCAAAAAUUAUGCUGCAGUCCAGCUGUAGAACUGAUCAAUUUGUGUGGGUCUCUCCCAUUCCACUUAAGGUUUCCUAAAGGAAAUGUACAGCACUAAAACUCUCUGUUUGGCUGAGAAGCCAUUUGCCAAGAAAAGGCAUCUUGUGAAUGCAACUUUUGUUUUGGCAAUCUGAACAGAGUCGCUGUAGCAGAUCAAUGAAAUUGAACUCAAGUCUGCCUAUAGCUUAGCUGAACUGAAAGGGAAACCCUCUCACAUCGAGAUUCUCGUUUGAGAAGCCGGCUGCCCCUGAAUAUGCCUUCGCAGCAGUCCGCAGAGCAUUUCCUUUCUAUAUGCUUUGUGAAGUGCUGUGUAUACUUGACAGUGCUCUAUAAAUUAAAAGGAAUGACAUGCAUUUAUUUCUAAGAUCUUUAUGAACUUAUUUAAAACUGUAUGCCAAAUCAAAGUGGCCUUAGGGUUCACAGCACAUUGCCAGUGCAGUAGUCUUAGCAGCUAGGAUUGGAUUGCUCACCAAUGUAAGCACAUUUCUGGAGUUCCUUUCCACAGCCACUGUUAGUUUUCCCUGUUCAGUGUCACUUGGCUGAAAUAAUUUGCUUCCCCUACCCUGUCUGCCCUUUACUGUUUGUGAUCAUCUAGCUGGAGAGGAGAAUCUGGGCACCACCCUUCCUUUGCUGUUGCAGAAGUUACAGGGUAUAUUCCUCUUCUUCCAGGGAUUUAAUCGCUUUGUGGGCAGCACAAACUCAUGAGCCAAAUCCAGAAGACAGAGGUAUGGGCAUGUGCACAAAGUCAAGAACCAGAAAGUUAACUUUCACAGCAGCUAGCUCACUGGCUUCUCUACCAGCUGUCUCCUCCC